AUCAUCAUCAUCAUCAUCACAAUUGCAUGUGAAAAAGAUUCAUAAUACGCCUCGGCCGCAAGGAUAGCAAGUUUAGUGGAUUUUUAAACUCUAGUUUCUAGUUAAAUAGUUAAAAUACCAAAUGGAUCUGAAGCAAAUCGAGGAGGAAGCUCGCCUAGCGGCGAUAAAAGAGAUCAAAAAUAUGUUUCAGCGACCAGGUCAGCUGGAAAAGGUCGAUCAAUAUCGGCACCGUGUCUACCGGAAGAAGGUAUCGAUUGAGGCGAUGCUGAAAACCUGCAUGCAAAAUCAAACGGACGACGUGAAGGUCGGUGUUCGGAAGCUGCUUUCGGCUCUUGAGGACAUCGGUGAAAUCGAUGAGCAGAUGAAGGGUGCCAUUUCGCAGUUGACGGACGUUCCGGCAAUCUACAACGCACUGGAAGCCGUCCGAGAUGAAAAUGCCAAGCAUUCGCAGUACAUGACAGCUAUGGAGAAUCUGAAGCACAUCUUUACCGUCCAGUCGAGCGUGGCCAAAACAAUGCAAUGGAUCGAAGAAGACAAAUUGCUCCACGCUCAUCAGUGCUUGUCCGAUCUCGAGAAUUCCCGGGAUGAUUUGUUGUUUGAGCUGCACAAGUUGUCCAAACAGAAUGCGCACGAUAAGAUCACUCUCAAGAGAUACUUCGAGAAAGUGGAAACGGUUUCACUGACACUAGAGAAGAAGAUCCGAUUAAUAUUGCAGCGUACAUUGAAUACGGUUCGCAAGGAACCAACGGUCAUAGUGACCGCACUUCGUAUAAUCGAGCGCGAGGAGAAAGCGGAUGCGUUUGCGCUACAGCAGCAGAAGCAAACGGGUUUUAUUCCGCCGGGACGUCCAAAAGAGUGGCGCAAAAAAGCACUACAGGUUUUGAAUGAAGCUGUGAUGCAACGUAUUGAAGGAUCCAAACUGGAGGAACGAGCUGAUAACAAAUUGUGGUUGGUUCGGGAUUUAGAACUGACUAGGCAGUUUCUUCUGGAAGAUUUACGGGUGGUAAAAUCGCUUUGCGUUCCAUGCUUUCCUCCGCAUUAUAACAUUCUGAAUGAGUACGUCAGCAUGUAUCAUAAUGCAUUGUCGAAAUAUCUCGAAGAAUUGAUUCAGAUGGGCUUGGAGGGGAACGAGUUUGUGACGAUUUUAUCGUGGAUCAUGAAUACUUAUCCAGGUCGAGAGUUAAUGCAGCAUCCGGAUCUGAUGAUUGACUUGUCAAACGUAGGUCCGCUAGUUAGCAGUGAAGUUCUUAAGGAGAUGGAAUCAGCAUACCUACAAACUAUGGAGCGAAACUAUCAAGAAUGGAUGACCAAAACUCUGGAGACCGAAAAGGCCGAUUGGAUAAAUGGCGUACCGGCGGAUUCAGCUGACCAGUACUACCACACAUCAGCACCGGUUAUCAUCUUUCAAAUGAUCGAUCAGAAUCUUCAGGUUACUAAUACGAUUCAUUCUGAACUGACUUUUAAUGCGCUGAUUUUGAGCAUUCAUCAAGUGAUCAAGUACGGCCACAACUAUCGUGGAGCAAUAAUUGAAUAUAAAGAACGCCACUUUCGAGAUCGCAGCCAGGCUCCUUUUUUCACUCAACAUAUAAUCACAAUCGUGAAUAACUGCGCCCAGAUGAAGGAGUUAGCUCAACAGACUAAACAACUGUACUGGCCCAAAUCGAAAACCAUGCACUACGAAGCAUUCGAACGUUUGUUAAAUACCUACCAGGCUCUGAGAGACGAAGCGGGCCUAUUUUUGCUAGAAGAAGCAUUUCUGGAUUUAGAAAUACAUUUUAAUGAACUUUUUACCUUAAAGUGGGUCGGAACAACGGUCUCCGUAGACACUAUUUGCGUUACGCUGGAGGAUUAUUUUCAGGACUACAAUCAUCUGCGCUCGGUCAACUUCGAAUACGUCAUAAUCGAAGCGCAGCGACUAGUCGCAAAACGAUACAUCAAGGCGAUGCUCUCGAAGCGGUUAAGCAAACCCCGACAGGAGUGUGAAAUCAUGGCGAAGAAAGUAAUCAAAGAAGCAAAACAGAUUAAAAUGUUCUUUGAGAAGGUGGCUCCGAACGUGGCCAAGAACGAUUCACCGAUUGAUGUGAUUUCCAAUCUGGCAAACCUGUUGACAUGCGACGCAGAAAUGUUAGUUCUGGAUUUGCACACUCUGCUAUCGAGUUAUCCAUCGCUGACGGAGGACCACGUUGUGCGACUGUUCUACAUGCGCAAUGACUUUAAGGCAAGCGAGGUGAAAGAAAAGGUUCACGAUGCUAUCGUGUCGAAGAAGACAACCGUCAGUCACGACAAGCAGGAUAGUAUUUUCAAGGAAAUUGUAUUUUCUGAUAAGCUAUGGUAAACAUAUUUGUAGUAAGUUCGAAUCGAUAUCCUUGUAAUAUUUAUACUAAAUGAUCUUAAAUAUAUUCUGUUACACAUACUUCACAUUCAGUAGGGUAAAUGUCCGAAUUUGUACCCCUAGAAAAAGAGCCAACAAACAUCAGCUUAUAUCUAUCUUUUCGAAAAGUAAUUUUAAAUGGGCAUCAGUUGUUGGUUACUUACUUUACAUUGCAACUAACAGAAGCUCAAAUUUCCUUUAUUUUGUACAGUGCAAUGUGUUUUAGAGCCUAAAAUGUAUAUAUUUUAAGCACUCCCAUUGUACAGUUAUUUUCAUGAAAACUUUUUC